CAGUGACACCGCGUCAGUACGCGCAUGCCAUCGGCUCCAUCGGCGUCACCGGCGCGUCCUGAAGGUGGGAGGAGAAGCUCACCGGAGCGCAACACAGCGCAGCACACGCAGGACGGUCAGUGUCGGUCACCAUGAGCCACCGGCACCGCGCGCUCUGCUGCCUCUCCAUCGCCGCGCUCGCCCUGCUGUUGCCUCGCGGUCCGGUGCGGGUCGCGGAACUCGCGGUGGCCGCAGAGUACUCCACCAAAACCGACUUGGACUACGAGUUCGGGGACUACCGGGGGAAGUGGUGCAUCGAUGACCACGGUUUUGUUUACGGCAUCGGAGAGGUUUAUUACCCGAGCCCCACGGCGUGUCCGUGCACGUGCACCGUGGACGGUCCAGUGUGCGUCCGACCCAAGUGUCCCCGCAUCCACCCCCGGUGCACGCGGAUCAAAUAUAAGGCAUGCUGUCCGGUGUGCGAGGCUUUGGCCAGGGUGUGUGUCUACGGGGGCAAAACGUACCGGCUCCUAGAAGAGUUCAGGCUGUCGAGGUGUGAGCGAUGUCGCUGUGAGGCCAACAGAGAGGUGUACUGCAGCAUUUCGGACUGCCCCGCCCCUCACUGUGUCAACCCCAGCUACGAACCCAACCACUGCUGCCCCAUCUGCAAGACUGGUCCCAACUGCUUUGCUGGAAACAGGGUGAUCCCAGCGGGGGAGCGCGUGAACAUCGAUGAGCAGACAGUAUGCUACUGCACCUACCGAGACGGGACGUGGCACACCCAUCCCCAGGCCACCUGCGAGCAGCGUCCGCAGCCCAGUGUGACACCCAAUGCCCGUACCGAGCCCCCUAGAGACGAGGAGACCAGGAGGAGAGGGGGGAGUCCAAAUUUUCCCAGACUGGGUGUGAUACCAUGAGGUUUCAAAUAAAUCUCAUAGAUGCAGAACCACAAACAAACUCUAACUUUAUCUAUUAGUAUCAGGAGAGCUAGCAUUACAAAACCUGAACAUUUCUGUUUUACACAACUGGUGAGAUUAUUUCUGAACAGCUCUGCCUCAAAGAAUGGAGGAUAAUCUGCACGGUGGUUGGUUUUGAGGGUGAAGAAGGAAGUGGCAAAAUGAACUAGUACUGAAAUACUUAGUCAGUUAUCUGCUAGGCCCCUCUCCCAAUAGUUACUAUUGCUACAUCUGUCUGCUGUCCAGCACAUUGUAGGUAAGGGACCAAGAUUUUGGUAGCAGUGUCCUGGUUUCCAUUUGUAGAGUGGUAAUGACCAAUCAUAUUUGAGUGUGCUUUGGCUACAACACUUCAUGUGGAGAAACUAAAAUGGCUAAAAUGCAAUCUCGGAACCCAUCGGCUAUCUUCUGGUCAUUUAGCUUUUUAUUAGUUAUUUUUUAAGAAGUUAUCUGCAUUCAUAUAUAGAUAUCUGUCAAGCAGAAAUGUGUCUUUUGUCAUUCUCGCAUAUCAAGUUCAGACUGCAGAGGACAUACAGUAUCUGUUACCCUUUCUUUUCAGAUAUCUGCUGGCUAUGCUGAAAGCACUGAAACAUUGGCAGUUGUCCCAAGAACAUGAUAGCCAACUUGUUCUGAGAUUGGUUGAUCGACUUGCGUGCAGGUGAGACACGUGGUUGAAAUACUUCUGAACUAGAGCUAGAAAUCAUUUUUUGGAGUAUGACUAUGAGAAUUCUCACUGGAUAGAAUAGGUCAUCUUUGGGUCAGGUAUCCAGUUCUACAAUCCCUCCAUAGUUAUCGCCACACACUUACAAACAUCGGUUGAGAAUUUGAGAGAGGCAAUUUUUAUCAUUGCCAAACAUUUCAAAAAGCAACAAGGCCACCUUUGUACGGACAAAUAUUCACUCACUGCUGUUAAGAAAACCACUGUAUGUAUUUAUUCCUCAGUUUGUCUCUCCCUGCACUCUUGACACUCCUUUACUCCAUAAAAACCUCCCAUCAUUCUACAGGGGAAUAUGGAUGGAGUCAGGGCGUGCCAGUGUGUGAGAUGAAUCUGAGUACAGUGAGUGACGACAGAGGAGGGAAAGUGUUGGGCAGGUGGCAGCCUGGUUUCUCUUCACUGACCUGCUGGUUUCCAUCUGUGGGGCAGAGCAAAGCCUGGAGAUGUCCAAGUAGACCAACACACACACACACACACAGUGUGUAAUGACUGUGUAAGCAGAAAUACAGAUGAUUCACACACUAAUUGGACUUACAGAUGGUGUAGAAUAUUAGAAUACAUGCCAGUAAGCAUUUAUCGUCCCUCUAUACUGUACUCAUCCUGUCAGGCAUUUUCUUGCUGGUCUGUUUGUGACAAGUUCUCCUUACAAUUCAAAAAUCAAAGUGCUGAUUGCCAGAACUGUGUAUUUUCCGCUCCGUUUGUUGGUGUUCAAGAGUUCAUGUCAUGUUGGAGACGUCCUGUGUAUUGCUGCUUAGGAAAGAGCGCCAGUCUGAAAUCAGGCUCAAACUCACUACAGAUUAGAAUUAAUGGUACUGAAUGUCCUCCCUCUUUAAUGUGUACCGUGCUGUUGUGCAUCUCAUGUGUAAGAAGCUCCUGUUAGUGUAAGAACUGUACAGAUGUUAAUAUAGAUUGUGUAUGUAAGCUGAAGCUUGUGAAAUAAAGCUUUUACAAAUUA